CGAUACCUCAUACCAGCCAACCAGUCUCUGUGUGUGCGCAGGGAUAAGAAAAUUAGGCAGCCGGAAGAUAAUUAUGUAACUUUGUCUCUUAACAACCGAACAAAGGCGGUUCAUACCCAAAACAUUUUGACUGACAGGCUCUCUGCGAGUCUCUAUAUAAGAAGGGGGAGGUGGGUUCUUCAGUCACUGUUGUGCCUCAAAUACUGCAGACUGUGGAUGCGGUGAACCAAAGUGGACUUUACGUUUUUACGCACAGCCUUUACUGGAGAUAACUCUUCUCAUUCGCAUUUAUUCGUAAACUCAAGUCAUCAAGUAAGUUUUUUUUCUUGCUUUCGGAUAUUUAUUGAAAAAGACCGCCUUCGUCAGGAGAUAUGAUACUCAGGAGAAGUCUCUUCUUGCUGCUGUUCUUUAAUUUCCUCCAUGCAUUACCUCCAGAUGGUGAGCAGGAGGAUGAGACAUCAUUCGACUUGUUUGAAAUCAGCCACAUCUCACGCAAGACUCUGGGGGCCAAAGUGUUCCGGGGACAGAACUCAGACACCUCUGCUUACCGCUUCAUCCGCUUUGACCACGUGCCCCCAGUGAGUGCCCCCAUACUAAAACAGAUACUACGACAGAUCCAAAACAAUGAGGGCUUUGUGUUUGUGGCCACCAUACGCCAGGACCGCAACUCUCGGGGCACCCUGAUUGGUUUGGAGGGGUCUGAUGGCCGCAGGCAGUUUGAGAUUGUGUCCAAUGGACGGGCCAACACUCUGGACUUGGUAUACUGGGUGGACGGCUCGCAGAAUGUUGUUUCAUUCGAGGAUGUGGACCUGUCUGACUCUCAGUGGAAGAAUGUCACACUUCAUGUUCAUGGAGAAAAUGCACACCUGUUUGUGGGCUGCAGCCUGAUUGACAGCUUCAUCCUGGAUGAGCCGUUCUACGAGCACCUGCAGGCUGAGGGGAGCCGCAUGUAUGUUGCCAAGGGAUCCAUCCGGGAGAAUCACUUCAGGGGCCUCCUGCAGAAUGUGCGCUUCAUCUUUGACACUCCAGUGGAAGACGUCCUACUGAGCAGAGAAUGUGAGGUCACUAAGCAAGAUGAAGCCAAUAUUGUGAGUGAGGACACAGAAAUUGUGGAUGUAAACCCCCCCAUCACUACAAACAUAAUAGGUCAGAAGACAGAAGAGAUGGCCCCAGAUAUGUGCGAGCGCUCCUGUGAGGAACUAAGCACCAUGUUCCAGGAGCUCAGAGGCCUUCGCGUUGUUGUCAGUAACCUCAUUGAUGGUUUGCAAAAAGUGACAGAGGAGAACAAAGCUAUGAAGGAGACCCUCGGGAAGAUAAAGAACUCUAAAGAGAAAAACAUGUGCUGGCAGGAUGGCCGCCUGUUUGAUGAUAAGGAAGACUGGGUUGUAGACAGCUGCACCAAAUGUACCUGCCAGGAGUCCAAGAUUGUGUGUCACCAAAUUACAUGCCCCCCAGUGGCCUGUGCCAGCCCAUCAUUUAUUGACGGCGAGUGCUGCCCUGUGUGUAUGCCUAAAGACAGUGAGGAUGGCUGGUCCCCUUGGUCGGAAUGGACAGAGUGCACAGUCACCUGCGGGAUAGGGACGCAACAGAGGGGUCGGUCAUGUGAUGCAACCAGUAACCCCUGCACUGGACCUUCUAUCCAGACUCGCAAGUGCAGCCUGGGCAAAUGUGACAGACGUGUUCGCCAGGAUGGAGGGUGGAGUCUGUGGUCGCCAUGGUCUUCCUGUUCAGUGACCUGCGGAGAAGGACAGAUCACCAGGAUAAGACACUGCAACGCUCCUGUGCCACAGCUGGGAGGCAAAGACUGCGAGGGAAGUGGGAGAGAGACUCAGCGCUGCACUGCCAAGCCCUGCCCCAUUGAUGGCGGUUGGGGUCCUUGGUCUCCAUGGGCAACCUGUUCAGCAACAUGCGGAGGGGGAGUCAAAGGUCGAACACGUGAGUGCAACAGCCCUCAACCUCAGCAUGGUGGGAAGAGGUGUAUCGGGGAGGCCGGCGACAGUGACAGCUGCAACAAAAAAGACUGUCCUAUUGAUGGCUGUCUGUCUAACCCAUGCUUUGGAGGAGUGGAUUGCAACAGCUCUCCAGAUGGAUCCUGGGAGUGCGGCCCAUGUCCUGUUGGUUUCCGUGGAAAUGGUACCCACUGUGAAGACAUUAAUGAAUGUGAUAUGGUGUCGGAUGUUUGUUACAAAGUGAGUGGAACGCAACGCUGUGUCAACACAGACCCAGGUUUCCAUUGCCUACCCUGUCCAAAACGCUACAAGGGUACCCAGCCUUUCGGUAUGGGUGUGGAGGCUGCCAAGAAGAACAAACAGGUCUGUGAGCCAGAAAACCCAUGCAAGGAUAGGACACACAACUGUCACAAAUAUGCCGACUGCAUCUACAUCAGCCACUUCAGUGACCCAAUGUACAAGUGUGAGUGUAGGACCGGUUAUGCUGGAGAUGGCUUCAUCUGUGGAGAAGACUCAGACUUGGAUGGCUGGCCCAAUCAGAACCUUGUGUGUGGUGCCAACGCCACUUAUCACUGCAAGAAGGAUAAUUGCCCCAACCUUCCCAACUCUGGACAAGAAGACUUUGACAAAGAUGGUCAAGGAGAUGCUUGUGACAAGGAUGAUGACAACGAUGGAAUUCUAGAUGAGACGGACAACUGUCCCCUCCUUUACAAUCCUCGCCAGUCUGACUUUGACAAGGAUGAAGUCGGUGACCGCUGCGACAACUGUCCCUAUGAACACAACCCUGCGCAAAUAGACACUGAUAACAAUGGAGAAGGAGACGCCUGCGCAGUGGACAUUGACGGAGAUGAUAUUCUGAAUGAAAAUGACAACUGCCCCUAUGUGUAUAACACUGACCAGAAGGAUACUGACAUGGAUGGAGUUGGUGACCAGUGUGACAACUGUCCAAUGCUGCACAACCCUGACCAGACUGAUGUUGACAAUGAUCGGGUUGGAGAUCAGUGUGACAACAGCCAAGACAUUGAUGAAGACGGCCAUCAGAACAACUUGGACAACUGUCCCUAUGUGGCUAAUGCCAACCAGGCUGACCAUGACAAGGACGGCAGAGGAGACGCGUGUGACUAUGAUGACGAUAAUGACGGUAUACCUGACGACAAGGACAACUGCAGACUGACGCCCAACUCAGACCAGCUGGACUCUGAUGGUGAUGGUCGAGGGGAUGCCUGCAAAGAUGACUUUGAUAAUGACAGCAUCCCAGAUAUUCUUGAUGUUUGUCCAGAGAACAGUGACAUCAGUGCUACAGACUUCAGGAAGUUCCAGAUGGUCCACUUGGACCCUAAAGGAACCACUCAAAUUGACCCCAACUGGGUGGUCAGACACCAGGGCAAAGAGCUGGUUCAGACCGCCAACUCUGAUCCAGGCAUUGCUGUAGGUUUCGAUGAGUUCAAUGCUGUGGACUUCAGCGGAACGAUGUAUGUAAACACAGAUAGAGAUGAUGACUACGCGGGCUUUGUGUUUGGCUACCAGUCGAGUUCUCGCUUUUAUGUAGUGAUGUGGAAGCAGAUCACACAGACUUACUGGGAGGAAAAGCCCUCCAAGGCCUUUGGCAUCUCUGGCGUCUCGCUCAAAGUUGUCAACUCGACCACAGGCGCUGGAGAACACCUCAGGAAUGCUCUGUGGCACACGGGCAACACACCUGGACAGGUGCGUACUCUGUGGCAUGACCCCAAAAACAUUGGUUGGAAGGAUUACACAGCUUACAGGUGGCAUCUAAUCCACAGACCAAAGACUGGUUUUAUAAGGGUUGUGGUCUAUGAAGGGAAACAGAUCAUGGCUGACUCAGGACCGGUUUAUGACAAGACGUUUGCCGGAGGAAGGUUAGGUUUGUUUGUCUUCUCACAAGAGCUGGUGUUCUUCUCCGACCUGAAGUACGAGUGCAGAGAUAAGCCGGAGUUUUCUGAAGUGUUCACAAGAUAACUGAAUCAAGUUGGACAGAAAAACAUCAGAGGGCAAAAGACAACAAUCCCUUAAAGUAAACAUCAUGUCAUCGCUAAAUCCAUUUCAGUACAAAUGAGACUUUCCAUCCACUGGAGAGGAAACAUGGCCGAUUUCAGUUUUCCUGGUGAUUUAUACAUAUUCCCCAAGGUGGAAAAUAAAACUGAUGAGAGUGGACGACUUUUUAAAAAGCCUCUGCCGAAUAUAUAACUAGUUAACUAGUGUACCUAUGCCUUUACUUUUAAAUGAUUCCUUGAUUCCUUACAGCCUCUUCAUGCUGCAUGUGCUUUUCCACAGUUUUUCUUGCUUUCUACAACGUGUAAGUGACUGGGUUGUUGUCUUUUUUAUGUUGGAUUAGAAGUUCAUUUAUUCAUGACUUCUGUUUUGCAGAAAAACUGACAUACAGUGACUGACAAACAUAAACUGUAACCAAAGCAUAAUCAUUUAGCUUUGCAUUAUUAUUCUCCUGAUUCUUUUUAUCCUGAAUGUGUUUUUUAAUGGACUUGAGUGAAUGAUUGAAAUAAGCCAUUUUAGUAAGUGCCAAAGAUGUUUAUACUAAGUCUGUAUUAUAAUUCAUUUUGUAAAUUAUUUAUGCUCUGCUUGUUUUGCAUUUUUGCUAGUUUGUAAAUAAUUAUUUAUUUGUUUACACUGACAAAACUCAUAAUUGAAUAUCACAAACACAAAGAUAACACAUUAUAGUACUGAUGUUUGUCUUCCUUUACUUGUUAGUUUUUUCAAACCUUUCAAAUAAACUGCAGCAUAAAGCUUUGACAUCAGACAUCGAAACAUUUAGCUGCUUUUUAAAUAAUCAGUGAUAGCAGCUGCCUGCCAGAGAAAGUUAGUUCUGGUAGAAUAUGUACAUUAAAAAGCCAGUGUGUUUAUUUUCCUAAGUGUCCAGACAGGGCCUCUUUGUCCUCACAGUGAUAUAUCUGUUUUUAUAGAUGUGGAACAUUUUUCCAUGCUCCCACUCUGCGUUCUCCAGGAACUUAUAAAUGUUCCAUCACCAGUAUUGGCUGCAAUAUGGGCUUGUGGCACUGUAGCAUGCACCUCUCUCUUAAUUGAUACUGAAACAGUUUUUAUUAGUGACAUGUCUGCCAAAAAAAGGGAAGUAGUUCAAGGUAAUGCCAUCAGUUUGAAGGUAGUUAAAUAAAGAAAACUGCAGUUUAGGUUCGUGAUUCCUUGUGAAACUAAUGUUGUGUAUGAAGCACCACAUCAACA